UUCAAUAGGGCUUUUUCCUCCUGACCACUUCAAGUUCUGACUUCUCCAAUGGUGGGUGACAGCAGAGGUAAGUUGUAUGGCCCAUGCUGCCUCACAACCCACUCCUUGGAAGUCAUCCACUUCUCAAUGGAGUAGCAGCUGCUUCUCAUGCAAGAAGAGGCUCUCUUCUGGGCUAGCGAGGCUUUUAAUGACCACCCAGGGUGGUUUAUGACCAGGAGGCAUGGGAAACAGCUCUCUUUGGGACGAUCCGAACAGCACCUGCAGCAAUGCAGGCAACAGCUGCUACCUGGACAACAGCAUGAGCUUCAACUUAACCUUCCAAGAGCAGGCAGCCGAUUUCUACGUUGUCCUCCCCGUGAUUUACUCCGUGAUCUGCGCUGUUGGGCUCACAGGCAACACUGCCGUCAUCUACGUGAUCCUCAAGGCCCCCAAGAUGAAGACUGUGACAAACAUGUUCAUCCUGAACCUUGCUAUAGCUGAUGACUUGUUCACACUUGUCCUGCCCAUUAAUAUUGCUGAACACCUCCUUCACUACUGGCCCUUUGGAGAAGUCCUCUGCAAGGUCAUCUUGUCCAUAGACCACUACAAUAUCUUCUCCAGCAUUUACUUCCUGACAGUGAUGAGCAUAGACAGGUACCUGGUUGUCCUGGCUACAGUCAGGUCCAAAAGGAUGCCACAUCGCACAUACCGAGCAGCCAGGAUUGUCAGUUUGUGCAUCUGGAUCCUAGUCACCAUCAUAGUUCUCCCUUUCAUCAUCUUUGCCAAUGUCUACAUAGAUGACCUGGAGAUCAAGAGUUGUGGUCUCAACUUCCCCAAGCCCGAAAGGUUCUGGUUCAAAGCCAGCAGGAUCUAUACCCUCAUCCUUGGCUUUGCCAUUCCAGUAUCCACCAUCUGCAUCCUCUACACCAUGAUGCUCUACAAGCUAAGGAACAUGCACUUGAACUCUAAUGCUAAAGCCCUGGACAAAGCCAAGAAGAAAGUCACUAUCAUGGUCUUCAUAGUCCUGGCCGUGUGUCUCUUCUGUUGGACCCCCUUCCACUUGGCCACCAUUGUGGCUUUGACCACUGACUUGCCCCAGACCUCCAUGGUCAUUGGCAUAUCCUACUUCAUCACCAGCCUAAGCUAUGCCAACUCCUGCCUGAACCCCUUCCUGUACGCUUUCCUGGAUGACAGCUUCCGGAAGAGUUUCCGGAAGAUGCUGGAAUGCAGAACUUCCUGAACAACGGAUUGAGGCCCAGAUCCCCUCCCUCCCAUGGCUUUGAAGGGCAGCUUCGCAGACUAAGGGGUGGUCAAUGAACGCACAGUGUUCUUUCUUUCAUUUACAUGUAAUGGAUGUGUCUGUGUCAUUACCACUCA